UAUAGAAAUAUCCAAAGCCAGCAAAUAUGGCCAAUCUAUUCAGAAGUUGUUCAUUAUUACUUUCGGUUUCCUUGAUUAUUAUAUUGUGUGUGCAAUCAAGAGUAAAUUGUACUGAAUUUGAAGUUGGGGGUCACGAUGGCUGGAUUGUUCCUAAGUCAAGAGACAACGAUCAAAUGUAUAACCAAUGGGCAUCCCAGAACAGAUUCAAAGUUGAUGACACUCUUCGUUUCAAGUACUCUAAAGAUUCGGUGUUGGUGGUGAGUGAAGAGGAGUAUGAAAGCUGCAGAUCCACUAAGCCACUAUUCUUCUCCAACAAUGGUGACACUGUCUUCAAAUUUGAGCAUCCUGGAGUGUACUACUUCAUUAGCGGAGUUAGGGGCCACUGUGACAAAGGCCAGAAAAUAAUUGUUAAGGUUUUGGCCGUACAUAAUCCAAAGCCAGAGCCACCACAUUCACACUCACCAGCACCAGCACCAGCAUUUACACCUGCACCUUCUCCUUCUCAUCAUUCUAAUGCUGCAAGACCAAUCCCUCUUCUCAGCAUAACUAACUUGUUGCUCUUUCUUAUCUUACUUGUUCCCAUGCUUUUUACUUGA